CAGUCCUAACCUUCCCCUCCAUUUUCCCAUACAUUGAAAUAUGAAAGUUCUGAAUGUGCAGGAAGCCCUGCUGUCCAACUACGAGAUGCUGUUGGUUCUGCAGGAAGAAGAUGCGCGGCACAAGGACCUCAAGGCCAAGGAGCGCGGACAGAUGCGGUACCCAGAGAACGUCACGACGCUAAAGUUCGAGGCCCUGCAGUACCUCAGCAACACGUCGUGCACGAGCCAGGACGGCAUGCAGCUAUCUGGGCUGCGGCAGCGGUUGGCCGAGUAUGAGCUGACCAAGGCAGAGAUUCUGCAGAUAGCCAAUCUGCGGCCACGGGUGCCGGUGGAGCUGUAUCUGAUUAUCGAGGAGUGCGGCGACCGGUUCCAGGCCGAGGACCUGGACGCAAUGCUGGAGAUUAUCGCCAGCGAGCUGCCAAGGGAAGAAGAGGAGGCGGCGGUGAAUGGCGAUGCGGAAAUGGCGGAGCAGGAGGAGGAGGAAGAGGGGGAAGAGGAUGUGGAGGACGAGGAGAUGAUGGAGGAGGACGAGCUGGUGCAUACGGACGAUCGGGUGGUGGAUGAGCCGGCGGAUGACGACGACGACUGACUUGAAAUUAGGCGU